CAGAAAACUACUGCAAACCCAUGCUUAUCAGCCCGUGGUUACAUGCAUUAAGAUAUUUUAAAUACUAUCUUUGAUUUGCUGCACUGCAGCCAUGAGUAGCACCCUCAAGUCAGAGGUUAGUGAGCAAGAUGGUGAUGGUGCUUACGACAAAGGUUCCUCAGACCGAUAUUCCCGUAGCAGAAGCCUUUCAGGUUGUCGCAGCCCUAGAGAUCCUCAGCUCCAUCGUAGCCCCAACAGCGACCGACGUAGCUACUCCCCGAACCGAGGUUCUUCCCCAGGAGAACCACGUAGAGGUUCUUCACCUGGGGAACCGCGAAGAGGUUCUCCCUCAGCCCGACGCUUCAUCCGCCCUGUGUCUGGUAACUACGGCAAUGCCGGGGGAAAUAACAACCCUAGGACUCCAACAAUUGAUGUGCUCAGCAAAUAUCCUAUGACUUGUCACUUCUGGAAAAACAAUUCCUGCAUCAAAGGCGCUGAGAAGUGCAGCUAUAUUCAUGGCUUCGUGUGCCGCGAUGAUCCCAAUUGCAGGAAGGGCAACGCCUGCAGAGAUGUUCAUGUCAAGCUGCAGAGAUACCAGAAGACCCACUUUCGGGACCAGAGGAGCCGUGUGUUCGACAAGCCAGCGUACGGCGCAUACCGACGCGAUGAUGCUGGUUACGGCAGGCCUGGCCGUGGAGGGCGAGGCAAUUUCCAGAACCGCAGAUUCCAGAACCACAGAGACGAUCGCCGGUCCUUCCAGAGCUUUGACCAACGUCGGUCUAGGGACCGCGAAUCCUGGAACGACCAAAGGCGAGGCGAUGAGGACCGACGUAGCCGUGGGCGGUACCGAAGUCGGUCCUUGUCUCGUGAAGGCCGCAGACUUCGCAGUCGCUCGCCUUCUUACCACGACGACAAUGACCGCCAUGUGUCUAGGUCUAGAAGUCGUUCUCUUUCUCAUGAUGACAAAAGAUAUUCUUCACCCUUAAUAGACGAAGAAGAAAGGAACAAAAGCUACAAUAGUUCAUCGAGGUCGCCUCCAAGGCGUAGCCUCAGUGUCGAAAAAGACAAAAAAUCAAGGUCGGGUAAACGUCGUCGCAGGAGUCGAAGCCGAAGCCGCAGCCGAGACUCGGGAAAAUCUUCUGAACGGAGCUCCGGUGACGACUUCAAGCUGCACUCUCUCCUGGAGGGGGGACCUAUAAAAAACAAACCAGACCUCGCGGUACCAAAAACAAAAGAAACCCUCGCCACAAUGGACCCUGAGAAAGCGGCCAGUCUGCUGAAGGAGGACAUGGAGUUGAGUGAAGGAACUAUCGACAAGCUCAUGGAUACAAUCAAGGCUAAAAAUAAGGACGCUGAGGCUAAGACCAAACCUGCGGACGCGGACCGCAUCAGCUUCCAGCAUCCGUCACCUCCGCGGGACGGGGAGAGAAGGGCCCCGUUGUUCCCCAUCUCGGUGGCCCCAAUGGCGCCUCCUCACCGUAAAGUCCCCCUCAAGGAGAGUGAGGGUCAUGCCCCCCCUGGGGGGAUGGAGGGUCCCGGGAAGGGGCUAUGGACCCCCGCGAUGGACCGACCCUCUUACGACCCCAGGGUCACCGGGGUCGCUCUCUCGAGAUGGGAGAUCGAGACGCCCUUCCUGCACCGCAGGGAUGAGGAUGACGGCAGAAGGGAUGUGGGGCGCAGGCCCCCAGGAGGCUCCCCCUCCAGGUCCGGCCUCAACACGGAGCUGGACAGCCUCUUCUCCAGCACCUUCGACUCCAGAACGAAGCCUGCCAACGCCCGACGCGUUUCUCCUGAUGUCAGCGACUCGACAGCGGCAGACGUCAAGCAAACCCAGCAGGAUCCCACAGUGCGCAAGCGCGCCCAUUCAGAGUCAAGCGAAUCAAGUUCUUCUGAUGGGAGCGAAGAAGAGGAGAAAACUCCUGCUCCUGAACGAGACGUGGAACAGCUGGAUGCAGAGUCAAGGAAGGCCCUCAUUGGCAAGAAAACCUCCAUACUGAAGAACAUGGAGAUGUUGAUAGAGCAGAAGCAGCGUCUCGACGCCCAGAAGGAUGACCUAACCCGCUUCCACCGUGGUAGCAAUGAGGACCUACAGGGAAUCUUGUCGGAGAACGCGCUUCUGAUCCAAGAGAUCACAAAGCAGGAGCAGAAUAUGCGUGCUAUCUUGAAAGAGAUUAACGAGUCCCUUGAGGCAGCAACAGUAAAAGAACCUGACGAUGGUUCGUCGUUAAAGAACAAGUCCAAGAAAUCCAAGAAGAAAACUCGCAAGAAGCGCAAGAAAGAGAAGCGAUCCAAAGACCCCGGCACUUCGCCCGCGUCUGAGAAGAAGGUAGCAAAAACUAAAGGAAAGUCAAGCAAGGAGAAAUCAAAGGAGUUAGAGGAUGAAGUGGGUGAAGAAGAACAAGAAGAACAAAAUGAAGACAAAGCACAUCAUGAAGAUGAACCUCUGCAGAAAAGCCCUGUGGUGGCCCCUAGGUACUGGGAUAUUGUGAAGCCUCUCUCCUUGACGGCGGCUGAAGAGAUCUCUGACGUUGAUGGCCUCGAUGAGACCGAGCAGACCACGAGACGAGACGACCACUACGAUGGCAGUCCAAGACCCGAUCAUCGUCGUGGCCGUGAUGACCGGCGUCAUAGCCGUGACGACCGUCACAGGCCUGAGUCUGACGAGGAAUAUCGUGGAGGGGACAACGACAGGCGAGGCAGACACAGGGACAGUCAGCGAUUUUUCGACUCCCGGGGCGAUCACUGGAAGGAUGACGCGCAGCGUGGGGAGGCUCGGGGUGAAGACUAUCGUAUGCGGUCGAGGGGAGGUUACCAUCCCGUGGGCAUGGAAAACUCGGGAUUCCCUCGAGACGUUGCAAGGGACGCGCGCAUGCGCAGCAGGGAUGAUUUUGUGCCUCAGCAAGAAUUUGACUCUCGCAAAGGGCAAGGCCGACGAAAGGAGUCCGAUGACCGAGAAAUGAGGAGGCCCGAUUACUGGGAAGUUAAUGACAGAGACGAGGACACUCGGCCGUCCUUGCGGCGCUCUUACAGCCGCGAAAAGACUGGUGGGGACGUAGAACCAAAACGUCCUAGGACCGAGUACCACGAAGAAGGUAAGCGUGACGAAGAACCUGCAGCAGGCAGGUCUUCCUCUUCCCGCGGUGCUCUUAGAAGUCGCUUUGAUAACGAAGCUCGCAAGACGUCAAGCGAUCUUAACAAGAUGCCCCAGGACAACGAAGUAACUCCACCGCGCCAACUCUCCCGGUCUGCAAUAGGAAGCUUGGAAGUUCUUUCCACUGAAGCCGCGAAGUACAAAGCGUCAACUGAGGACGUCAAAGAAGAACCCAAAGCUCUAGAAGCGCCGCCCUUCAUCGAUCAAGGCAUGCAUUGGUGCGAGCUUUGCGGAAUCUUCUGUGACUCCCUUGAGCUUUUCAUCGAACAUCUGCGAGGAUCUGCCCACCUUGCCAAUCUGCAGAAGACGGAUGCACACCUUAAUGAACCUCCUACGCCUGCAGCAGAGGAGCAACUUCAGGCAUCAUUCACACGCCCUCUUGUGGGGGUGGAGUUCAUACAGUCAGCCAUCACGCUGUGGUGCUCGCUGUGCGGUGUCUACGUCAGCUCAGCAGCACAGGAUCAUCUGCACAGCGUCGCUCAUAUCGCAGCCUGCGAGGAACACGUGCAGUCACACCCGCUGUACGAGUCGAGUUUCUUGAAGGCCAAGAUGAACGCCUACGCAAAAUUCAUGAUGAGUCAAAGUCAGGCUAUGAAAACCGAGCCCCCGACUCAGGACCGGCUGGUCGACUCUAAGCCAGAGCCUCCCGUAGAACACGAAGCCCCCAUCACGCCUCGGCCCCCAAACAUCAAAACUGAAGCCAAGGAACCUGUUCCUGCAAAGCUCAACGAGGUUCGUGAACCUGUCGCAAGUCCUCGUGAAAACUCUAACCGACGGGCUGGGAAAUACAAAGCCCCUGAGGAUACAAGAGCCUCGGGUCGGUCAGAUCGCCGGGACUCUGCUCGGUCAGACCACAAGUCAGCAGAUAAAUUCGCUCCCAAAGGCCGCCACUAUCGGUCACACCGAGAAGAAGAAGAUGCCUCUUACAGUCGUUCUAAAGUAAGUGGGAGCGUGAAGGGCAGGAAUGACAGCAGGAGUAGCCGUUGGUCCAAUGACGCCCACGAAGACAAGGCUGGCAGUGACGCAGCGGCUCGUCAGAAUCAGCAGAGCAUCAGGGUUGUCGCGCGAGCGUUCGGGGCGCAGCCAAAAACGGAAGACGAAGUCGCGGAAAACUAUCCGAAAAGCAAGAAAGAUUCUGCCAAGGUGGCUAAGAAACCUGCGGAGCUCAGCGUCACGGAGCUCGUUGCUUCGAAGCUUGACGAGAACGAGAAAAUUCUUGAAGAGCUGAAGAAAAAAGUUGCUCCUCGGAUUAGGGAGAAGAGGGAGGCGCAAACCAUGAGAGAGGAAGAAGAGGCGCGCAUGCGUGAAAAAGAAGAGAGAGAAGCCAGGGAGAAACUGGAAGAGAAGCUCGACCAGUUUGCUAAGAAAGGUCCAGUUGUGGAAGAGAAAAAGAACCACUCGCGAUUUCCGCUCAUUGGCAAGAUGCCCUUUUUCAAAAGCAAGCCUAUGAAAUCUGUGUCAGGAAAAGUUAACAAGGACAGCGACUUCAGCGAUAAAGAUGACAAGGAACGCCGGGAGCAAAGCACAGUGGGUCCCGCGAACACUGCAAUGCAGGAUAUCCAGGACCCCAAAUAUGUCCGCGCUGUCUCCGAGACGACGGACAGCACGAGCAGCUCGCCUCGCGAGACUAACUUAGAUCACAACGGCGUGAAGUCGGCCGCGGUUACUGCUCCGCAGUCCCCGACCUCACGUGAUGUGCCUAGCGUCCCCAGCAAGCAAGGGUCUGGUGUUCAGAACCAACUGCUGAAGGUGCUCGCUAUGAACAAGCAACGCAUUCCCUUGCCUGAUGGGAAACCGGUAGCUAUUUCUGUGCAAAGCAAACCUGUGGUAGAAAUAGUGACACCUGCAGAGGUGGUUCGGCCACCGUCUUUCAUGACCCCUCCACCUUCUACCCCUGACCUUAUCACCUCCUACUCGGCAUCGAGCUACCAGAGCCCUUCUGUGACAUGCGUGGCGAAUAUGACACCCCCGUUCGUGAUGACUAUUCCGCCUCCUACACCCACGCUCCCUAUGCCUGCCUUGCCGCCCCCUAUAGUAUCUUUAGUCCCGCCUCCCGCGCCUAUGAGGCCCGUGCAUUACAGCAGCCCCGCCCCAUCACCAGCCCGGGCCAUGCAGCUUGGGCUGCCCGAUUAUUCGGCGCUUGUAAAUCGUCCUCCGCCCCCACCAGAAAAUCCAUCCCGUGAAGAAGCUGCCACUCCCCCACCUCCAGGCACUGAAGUAUCUGACGACGAAGAACCUUUCCCCGACCCUGGUCCUGACCAGCACCACCUCGAAGAGCGCGUCAACAAUGACGAAGACGUAGUUCCCAAGGUACCCCAGCAACCGCCAGACACCGACGAGCCUAAACGUGACUCGUCAACCUCCAGUGCGAGACGAGGCCGAAUAGUUCCUGUUGGUGACGAGGCUGAAGACGACCUUUUGCCUCCCGGUAUCGAUGCUUCGGACUUUGACCACACGUCCCCAGAAAAGACAUCGUCAACCGACUUCGGCCUCCGGAACGAUGGCUCUGAAAUGAUCGCGCUGUCCAUUCCCACUAAAGCGCAAAUCGAUAUCAGGCUUGCUGAGGCUGGCCAAUAAUUGGAAUGUAUAAUUCCGUUGCUGCAAACCUAUCCCAAUGACCAGUAACUGAAAAUGUUCUAGUUUAUUUCAUAUAUGAUUGUGAAUAAAGCUCAUAUUUGGUUCUAAUGUUGACUAGUUUUCAGCUGAUGCAGUUCUUUGGAAUCUUGCUUUUUUCUUGAUCAAAGAAAUUGUCUUAAAUUUUUGGAUGACUGUUAAAUUCAGGAAGAACAUUGGUUUGACAUUGCUUGUAUUCUAGGAAGUUCUUAUGUAUGCGUGGUAGCACUGCGGCAGUAGUUAGCUAUUAAAUGAUUCAUGUAUUAGUGUCAUGCAAUUACACUCAGAAAUGUAUCGUCCUGUCUUCUUGGAUGAAAUUGCGUUUAAUAUGCAUGCAGGAAUUCAGGCUUACUACAGUUGUGCACUUCUCGUUGUAGUCUUGCACUGUGAUGUAUUUUUGGCCCAGUCAUUAUGAUGCCUCUAUUGCACUGGCAUAACGUCAGCAUGUCACUGGCAUAAUGAUGUCAGCAUGUCACUGGUAUAAUGAUGACAUCAUGGCACUGGCAUAAUGAUGUCAGCAUGUCACUGGCAUAAUGAUGCCAUCAUGGCACUGGCAAAUAAUGUAUAUAUAGCACUGGCAUAUUGAUGUUAUCGUAGCAGUGGCAUUAUGAUGUCACUAUUACCCAUGCGUUAUUGUCCGCUGAGACUCUAGCUUUCUUGGUGUGGCGUUCACGGAACGCACGCUUGUUGCUAUUCAGGAAUUAGAGGAGUUAAAAUAUUCCGUUGUAAUUGAAUCGGAAGUAUCGUAAUUAACGAGUCAUUGCAAUGGUUUCUGAGGUGACGAUGGAGGUCAUAGGUCGUGGGAAUGUAGCCACAUGGUCUGGGACGAUGUAGUGCACCGCUAUUUGGACAAAUUCUCUCUCAUUUCGAGUGUACCCUCAAAAAAGCCUUUAGUGGCUGCGACCAUUUUUUUUGUGCCAUUUUUUUUGUUGAUAUGCUACUUUACCCCACCAGAAAUCUUAAUUAUUUAAAGUAAACUUUGAUAAUUCCUGUUGUUGGUCGACUAAAGACAGCUAAGACUCGCCUAAAUAUUGGAGUAUUUUACAACAUUGGAAAUCUUGUUAGGUAAAUGUGAUGGGCUAAUUUCGCUGCUUUCUUCUAUAUUUCGUGCCCUGGGAUCCAGAUGAAGAUGGUGAUUGGAACUGCUACGAUGACCGUAAGUUCUACGAUAACUGCAAGUUCUAAUGGGCAUUGUAACUUCUACAAUGAGCGUAGUAUCUACAGUUCGUGUAUUUGGCCUGAGUUGCGUUAACAACAUAAAUUGUUCGUCGUUC